UCACGUGACUGGAGUGGAGGGGAACAUGGCGGUGGAAGACGAGCAGGAAGCUUUGCUCCCCGAGAGUGAUGAUGGCUCCUCCAGCAGUGUACCCCGGCGGCGGAUGCCGGCCAUCUGUGACCCCAGCAGGUUCGCUCACCGGAUCGUGGUGCUGAUGCUGAUGUGUUUCCUGGGCUUCGGGAGUUACUUUUGCUAUGACAACCCGGCGGCUCUGCAGACUCAGGUUCAGCUGGACAUGAAGGUGAACACAGCGAAUUUCAUGCAGUUGUAUGCCUUUUAUUCCUGGCCCAAUGUCGUACUUUGCUUCUUUGGAGGGUUUCUCAUUGACCGAGUGUUUGGAAUUCGGUUAGGAACUAUUAUAUUCAGCCUGUUUGUCUGUGCAGGGCAGGUCAUAUUUGCGGCAGGUGCCCUCUUCAAUGCUUUCUGGCUAAUGGAAGCUGGUCGACUAGUAUUUGGGAUUGGUGGGGAAUCGCUUGCUGUUGCGCAGAAUACAUAUGCUGUAAGCUGGUUCAAAGGAAAGGAGCUGAACCUGGUGUUCGGAUUGCAGCUCAGCAUGGCCCGAGUGGGCAGUACUGUAAACAUGAACAUCAUGGGACUGGUGUAUGAGCGGAUAAAGGAUGCUAUGGGCUCUGCUGGUCAUACAACACUUGGCAUAACCCUCAUGAUUGGCGGACUAACGUGUUUUUUUUCACUGAUGUGCGCAUUAAUACUUGGUUAUCUGGAUAGGCGAGCAGAAAGAAUACUCAACAAAGAACAAGGAGAAACUGGGGAAGUCAUUAAGCUGACUGAUGUCAAGGACUUUUCUCUCAGCCUUUGGUUGAUAUUUUUAGUGUGCGUUUGCUAUUAUGUUGCGGUAUUCCCUUUCAUUGGCCUUGGAAAGGUCUUCUUCAUUGAAAAAUUUCAAUUUUCACCUGUUCAAGCAGGAGCCAUAAACAGUGUGGUUUAUAUCAUCUCUGCACCGCUCUCGCCUGUAUUUGGUUUCAUGGUUGACCGAGUUGGGAAGAAUAUUAUCUGGGUUAUGUGUGCUGUGGUGACUACUCUUGCUGCUCAUCUCAUGCUGGCCUUUACUUUGUGGAAUCCCUGGAUCGCUAUGAGCUUCUUAGGUGUCUCCUAUUCUCUCCUGGCUUGUGCGCUGUGGCCUAUGGUUGCGUUUGUGGUCCCUGAGCAUCAGCUAGGCACUGCAUAUGGAUUUAUGCAGUCCAUCCAGAACCUGGGUCUUGCUAUUAUUGCCAUUGCUGCUGGUGUCAUAUUGGAUUCUCGAGGAUAUCUGUUUUUAGAAGUCUUCUUCAGUGCUUGCAUCUGCAUGGCCAUUAUAGCUGUUGUCAUGUUGUAUUUUGUAAACCACCUUAGAGGUGGAGAUCUUAAUCUGUCUUCAUGGGAAAGGGAAAAACUACAGAAACAAGCUGAUAUCGAAAAAGAAACUGAAUAGCAAAAUGUCAUCUUCCUGUAUGCUGAAAGCGGUCAGCAAGCUGUCAACUGGAAGAGCCUUAGUGUCUUCUGAGCUUGCUGCAGAUAGUCAAAUCAACAUUACUAUACCCUAACCACCUUCUAGGAUGCCAGUGCUAAUGAAGGCAUUCUUAUAGGCGGUAAUGGUUGUCAUGGACUGUUUACACACUUACUGGUUACGUGGCAUAGCCACGUGGCACUUGGUACUCAGUAUGGUUUGAUCUCAUCAUUCUUGUUUUAAUUGUUUAACGAGGCUUAUGUCCUUAACAUGAGGCACUUCAUCUUGUAAGGAAUCUAAUUUCUCUCUCUUUAGCACUUUGUGUCUAGCUGCAUGGUACUGUUUACGGUAGUAUUUCCUGACAUGCAUGGAACCAGUUCCAGUAAUGAGGAUUUUAUGAUAAUGAUUCCCAGGCUAUUGGGUCUGCCGUAGGGAUGUAAAUCCGCUGCUGACUGACUUGUACAAUAUGGAAAUCCUAUAGAGACUACAUGUUAUCUGUGCUCCACUGCAAUCUUCAUAAGACUGUAAUUGGAAAUUCCUUAAACAUCCACUCCCUAUGUGUUCCUGCACUUUAAAUCUGGCCCGUCGCCUCCUCCAUGUCUGUCUUAGUAACCACGUGUAUUCCUCAUGUAAUAACAAUUCUGGAGCAUCUUUUCUUACGACUCUAUUUUGUGCUCCUGCAAGAAGUUUGUGAAUGAAUUGCCUACCAAUAAAGGUAGGUCCAGCUGGGUGUUACUAUUAGGGAGUGUGUCCCUGCACAGUCUUACACUGACACCACUGAUUGGAUAGUGCAGGGAGGGACACACCCCAUUGAACCUUGAUUGUAAACUGUUGGCAAUUCACUUAUAAACUUCUAGUUGGAAUAAUAGAAGAAUUACCCAAUCUUGUUAUAUGGAAAGAUGCCCAAGAUUUAGCGUUACAUAGGGAGUGCAUGUAGUUACUAAAACAGACCUGUCAGGAGAAGAGACAGGUCCUCUUUAAGUUUAAAUUGUUUUAUAUGUACAAAAAUAUGUUUAAAUCCACAGUUCAGUCACUUUGUAUAUUAUAUGAUAGCUGAAUAGUUAGAAAGUCACACUUGAAAUCCCUUCUUCUGUACACUAGCAGACAGAGUGGGAAGGCAUAGCUAGUGACCAAAGCCCACCAGCGUCUGCAGGCCCACUCCGUUCUGAAGUGACCAGCUGGAAGAGGAGAGGCUAGGUGAGUAUUGUUAUCUUUUGAUAAACAUUUUUUAAGCACUAUGAACCCGGUAUGUGAAAUAGUUUACAUCUGGAUGUGUGGGGGAGGGGGGAAAGCCAGCAUCCAUGGUCAUGUUGCAUUACCCUAUGUUUGGCCAGUUAAACGGAUAGAAAGGGUCAAUGAUCUUUUUAUUUUGCAAAUAAGUCCAGUGAGCAAAUAUUGGUCUAACUGGGUCUCCAUAUUUUAGUUAUAUUUCACAAGUAAAUUAUGCUUCUGAGUCGUCCUGUAUUAUGGCAGGGCAGAUCCAAAGGUCCAGGUAACUGGGGUGCCCAUACAUUACUUCUGGCACAUCUUUUGGCUAUGGAGUUCAUACUGGCGUGCCAAUAAGCUCCUGGUCUGACUGGUUCCUGAAUAUCUGUUUGUUCAUCUCUGCCCUGUGGGUUGGUUCACUUCAGCUCUGUCAUUGGCGGUUUUUGAAGAACGCAAAUCCGUUGAUAACAGUGUAAAUAGUGGCUAACCAAACCAGACAACUCCUUGCCUUUAUUGGUGUGAAUUAAGAAAAUCCGUAACCUAACCAAUUUAAUAUUCUUUUUAAACACACAAACUAUUAGCAAUUUGUUUGGAGUUUUCUGCACUUUUAGUGACUGUCUUCCUGCAAUGGUUGACAUUUUUAACUCCCAUUGUCAGUGUGUAUGAAACUGCAGAUAUAUAUUAGAGAAUUGCAUAAGCAACAAUGCCUUAAAGCGUCACUGAGCUUUCAUCAAACUUUAUAUUAACCACUGUUACAGGGUGUGUACUUGAGGAAUAAUACUAUAUAUUUCUGGCCAUUAUAUCACUUUUAUCUGACAUUUUAUAGCCGUUUUCCUCUGUGCAUGCUGAAUAUCUAGAUUGCAGUUCUCCCUGACAUAGGGGGUAGAUCUCCCAUCCACUGCACAGAAAGUAGAGGAGAAUCUCCUUCCUGAUCUUCUGUUACUCACUUAGAAGCAUCCACAGGAUAAGGGCAGACAUUACAGAGAAGUACUUACCUGUGUGGUUGUGAAUAAAGCACUUGUGCUGACCUAUAACCUUUCUAUGUAGCUGAGCGGUCUGUGUCUCCUCAGCUCCUGCUCAUCCUCUGUCCUCCCCUCUCCAUAGACUUAAAUUGACAGAUUAAUUAAUGGAGUAGAUAGGCACACUUCAUCUGGAAUAACCCAGAGACCUCAAUAUUCUCAAAUUAUUUAUUAGAUAUUCAAUGUUGUAGAUAUGCACUUUCCGUUUAGAAUGAGGGUUCUUCAAGAACAUUAAUCAUAUCUCAAAUACACAUUUAUUAAAAAUAUAUAAAAUAGUAUAUAUAAAACCCAAAAAGACAUUUUAUAUAUACUAUUUUAUAUAUUUUUAAUAAAUAUGUAUGUAUUUGAGAUAUGAUUAAAGUUCUUGAAGAAAUUCUAAAUGGAGAGUGCAUAUCUACAACAUUGAAUAUCUAAUAAAUAAUUUGAGAAUAUUGAGGUCUCUGGGUUAUUCCAGGUGAAGUGUGCCUAUCUCCCCAAUUAAUUAAUUUAUUAUAUUGUGACGGGGUGAAGUCAUUUAGAUAGAGCACCUUAUCCAGAGUAAUCAGAGGGGCAGCCGCUAUUUUAUAUAUAUUGCACUUAAAUAGACAUAUGUAAUAUGAUCCUCCUGCAGAAAUGAUCUGUCCUAGAUGGGAAUAAAGUACUUUGCGAAAGUGAAAAGCAAUUGGCAUGGAGGGGCUGGUAGACAGCUGAUAACAGGAGAACUAGACAUUUCUCAUUGAUUAAACAUAUUACAGAGUUUCUUGUGGUCCCUUGUACAAUUGAUGUAUGCAAAAUUGUGUGAAAAGUUAUUCACCAUUUAAUGUAUUAUUAGCCAAGAGGCGAUCCUAUAAUGUCACAUUGUAGCGUAAUAUUAAAAUUUCCCCUAGUUGCUCUUUCAUACUUUUAGCACUGUAUAGAUUGUUAUUAAAGGGGUUGGCCCACCAUCCUAGACAAUGGGGCAUAUCGCUAGGAUAUCGAUAUCGCAUCUCUGGGACCCUCAAAAAUAGCAGAGUGCUGCUUUGGCUAUUUCCGUCGGCCCCAUAGAAAUGAAUAAGAGCGGUGGCCGCGCAAGCGCGGUGCGCUCCCAUUCACUUGUAUGGGGAAUCCCAGGUCCUCCACCCACCGCUGCUCUCCCCGCUCCCUUCUUACUUGUUUUAUGUCCUGCAUGUAAAUAGCCAUUUCAAAUAUGGACAGACUUCUAACUAUACCAGUAUCAUAUCAGAUAUGACAUAUCUAGGAAUCUUGGGACAGUCGGGUAGUUCAGUGUGUCUGACCAUUGCUGCAGUGGAGCAUGCAGUCAUCUUGUUACCUUUGGCCAUCCGAAAAAUUGUUUCUUUUGUUACAUGAUUUAUUUCCCCAUAUUCCUCUGUAGCUUAUUGCCAUUCUUGUCCUUCGUUAUCAUUUAUUUUAUUUUUUUAUGCUUCUUAUUUUUAUUUAAUGCUUAAUGUUGCACACUGCUUAAAGGUUUGAGGUACGUAGAAUACGGUAUAUAGUUGAUGUGCGGUCCUGAAUAGAUGUUGGCAGCAGGAGUAACUGAAAAGUGACGUGCGCUCAUUUUAAAGGGAACAUGUGGGAAGAUUCACGCUGCUCUAACCACAGGAAAUACUGAGCGGCUCCCAUAGUACAAACAGCUCUGAGACACUGCAGUAUUUCAUAGGGGAGGGAUUUAUCAAUUUUGGCGCUAUUUUCACCACAACUAACUUUUAUAGCGGGGGAUAAAAGUGGAGACCAAAUUCAUAAAAUGUGGUACAGAGCAUAAUAAAUGAGACAUCGUGCAGAUUUGCAUCAUUUUAAUUGAAAUUGCAACAUUUUCACUCCAGUUUAUGGAAAAGGGCAGGAAGUACUGAAUAUGGCCUUUUCAUCAGGAAUCUUGAGACUUUUAACAAAAAGUAGACUUUCGCCCAUAGCAUGUGACUUUUCCUGAGUUUACGCUCGUCUGGGGUAUGCUUACAACAUCUAUAGUUGCGCCUUUUCUCUGAUAACACAUUUACAAAUGUGACAGUCCCGAGGUCUUUGUCCGGCCGCCUCUCGGCAUAUUUGCCAUGCUGCGGCCGGAUCUACGCCACUCCACAUUAUAGUUAAUGGGGGCGGACUUCCAGCAGCACACGUGUGCACUCUGUAGUACGGAACCAGCAAGCUGUUCCCCGGAAAAGAUAAACGCCAGUGUGAAACUAGCCUUACGCCACCUUAUUAGCCAUGCCCAAUUUUUUCAGUAGAUUUCAAUUUUGGAGUGGAUAUUAACGUAGGCAUGUGAUAAAUUUGGCACAAUUUUGUUUACAUGUAAUUUUGGUGCAUUUAGCGUUGCCUUUUUUGCGCAGAUUUAUUGAUAAAUCUUCCCCAUAGUUUUAAAAGGAGCUCAGUGCAGGGGGAAGUUUACACUGGGCAGCUCACCUCCAACACUACCCCCCCCCCCUGCACACAAUCCAUUA